GUCUGUUUUCAAACACUAAAGAUGCUCAUUUGUUUUUUAUUAUUUUACCUAUCGAACUUGUCGAGUAACAUAGUGUUAGGUCAGUUAACAGGAUUGAGUGCUUUCGGGUAUCAUAGCAGAGUGGGAGUGUCGAAGGCAGAUGCGAUCUUGCGGUCUGAGAGUGUGGUGGGGAGGAUAGUGGGGGGCUCGCAGACAGCCACGACUGAUGCAUAUCCGUAUAAGGCUGGUAUCGUAGUAACUCUAACCUCCGGCUGGACGUCAGUAUGCGGUGGCUCUCUCCUCUCAGACACCAGAGUGCUCACAGCAGCUCAUUGCUGGUGGGAUGGCCAAAACCAAGCAAGAACCUUCACUAUAGUCCUGGGUUCUUUGACGCUGUUCUCAGGCGGAACCAGGGUGGAUUCCACUGACGUGACCGUUCAUGCUUCGUGGAAUCCUAAUGAUAUUUUGUUCGAUGUUGCCAUGGUGAAGAUUGGUAGCGUUAGUUUUAACAAUAACAUCCAACCAAUUCCACUGCCGUCAGCAGCAGACGUAAACCAAGAUUUUGCCGGCGUUACCGCCGUCGCCUCCGGUUAUGGCAAGACCAGCGACGCUCAAAACAACUUCCCAACCACAACCUCUCUCCAUCACGUGACCCUGCAAGUCAUCACCAACAGCAUUUGCCAGCAGAGUUUCGAUGUGGCCAUACAUGGCAGCCAUCUUUGUACGAACGGAGCCAAUGGGGUUGGAACAUGUGACGGAGAUUCUGGCGGCCCGCUGACUGCUGUGUGGAAUAAUCAAAGGAUUCUGAUCGGUGUGACGUCAUUUGGCAUUGGCGAUCGCUGCCAAGGGGGAUAUCCGUCGGUAUUUAGCAGAGUCACGGCAUAUCUCAAUUGGAUACAAGGAAACAUGUAA